AAUGAUACGUUGUGCAUACCGCGUUUUCAUUAUUUUAAAUAAACUAUUUUAGGCAUCACAUGAGAUGAGUUUUUCUCUUUUUUAUUAUUCUUAUUUAUGUAAAACCAAUAUUAGUUUUCUUAUAUAAGUUGUAGCAUGUAGUGUUUGAAAUGUAAGAGAAUUGUUUUGAAAGCUCAUAUAUUGAUAAUACAAUGAUGGGAAAUGAUAGUGCAAUGUGUGAAACCAAGUGCAGGUAUGAUGUUUUCCUUAGUUUUAGGGGAGAAGACACUCGUCACACAUUCACUUGUCAUCUCUAUCAUGCUUUGCGUCGGAAGGGAAUUAUCACCUUCAUGGAUGAUGGAGAACUCAAGCUUGGAGAUCAGAUUGGUCCAACACUUCUUAGGGCCAUUGAAGAAUCGAGCAUCUCAAUUGUUGUUUUAUCAGAAAAUUAUGCAGAUUCUUCAUGGUGCCUUGAUGAACUUGUGAAGAUCCUCGAGUGUAAGGAGUCAAACAACCAGCUGGUUUGGCCAAUCUUCUACAAAGUGAAUCCGUCAGAUGUGAGACAUCAGAAGGGAAGUUAUGGUGAGGCCAUGACUAACCAUGAAAAAAGGUUUGGAAAAGACUCAAAGAAGGUGCUCCAAUGGAGGUCAACCUUGACUGCCAUAGCCGAUAUGACAGGAGAGCAUCUGAAAUCUGAACAAGGGAGAGAUGAAUCCAAGUUUAUAGAAGAACUUGUUAGCAUGAUUUUCAUGAAAGUGUCUCCUAAAUAUUUGUCAAGUGAUGAGCAUAUAGUAGGACGAGAGUAUCGAGUUGAAGAACUGAAAUCACUUCUAAACCUUGAGUCUCCUAAUAUCAAAUUGUUAGGGAUUCAUGGAACAGGUGGAAUUGGCAAAACCACACUUGCCAAAGCUUUGUAUGACUCCAUUUAUAAACAGUUUCAGGGUUCAUGUUUUCUUUUCAACGUUCGAGAAAAUUCAAAUCAAAUUAAUGGUAUAGAAUUUCUGCAACAAAGGCUUCUAUCAGAGAUCCUUGAGGACAGUAAAAUUCAGCUGGCAAGUAAAGCAGAAGGAACCAGCAGAAUAAAACAGAGUCUACGUUCAAAAAGAAUUCUCAUAGUUCUUGAUGAUGUUGAUGACAUUGAACAGUUUCAAAAUUUGGCAGGGAAAAGAUUUUGGUAUGGUAAGGGGAGCAGAAUCAUUGUAACAACAAGAGAUAAAAAAUUACUUGAUGUUGGUGGGGUCGAGAACAGAUAUGAAGUGAAAGGGCUAAACAACCAAGAGUCUCUGGAACUCUUCUGUCAAAGUGCCUUUGGAAACAGUUGUCCUGAAACAAACUAUGAAGAUCUGUCAAAUCGAGCAAUAGGCUGUUGCAAAGGCCUUCCACUGGCCUUAAAAGUUCUGGGCUCUCAUAUGAUUGGAAAAGAUUUUGGUGGAUGGAAGACUGCAUUAGAUAGAUAUGAGAAGGGUCCACAUCAAGAUGUUCAAAAAGUUCUCAGAAUAAGCUAUGACAGCUUGCCCUUCAAUGAGAAAAACAUUUUUCUCGACAUUGCAUGCUUCUUCAAAGGGCAAAGAUCAGAAUAUGUAAAGAGAGUAUUGGAUGCAUGUGACUUUAACUCAGGAGAUGGAAUUGAUACAUUAGUUAAUAAAUCUUUAUUAACUGUUGACAGCCAAAGCGAAUGUUUGGAGAUGCAUGACCUGAUACAAGACAUGGGUAAAGAGAUUGUCAAAGAGGAAGCAUGGACUGAAAUUGGUGAACGCAGCAGAUUGUGGUUUCACGAAGAUGUUCUUCGAGUACUUGCUGAUGAUAUGGGAAGUGGGAAGAUUCAAGGACUAAUGCUCGAUCCCCCUCAAAGAGGAAGAAUUAAUUGUACUGGUACUGUAUUUGAGAAGAUGAAGAAUCUUAGAAUUCUCAUUGUUCGUAAUACGAGCUUUUCACAUGAGCCUAGUUGUCUCCCAAAUAACCUAAGGCUACUUGAUUGGAAGAAUUACCCUUCAAAAUCCUUCCCUUCAGAAUUUUAUCCCAGGAAUAUUGGGGCAUUUAAUUUAAGUAGAAGUGUGCUCGCACUGAAAGAACCAUUUGAGAGAUUUCAGCAUUUGACUUAUAUGAAUAUAUCUUAUUGUAAUAUGGUUACUAAAUUUCCUGAUGUGUCUGGGGCCAAAAAUUUAAGAGAAUUGAGACUCGAUGGAUGCGAGAAACUGGUUACUAUUCAUGAAUCAGUUGGACUUCUCGCUAACCUUGUUUUUCUAAGUGCUUCAGAAUGCAUCCUACUCAAAAAGUUUUUUUCAACAAUGUAUUUGCCUUCUCUCGAAUACCUUUCCUUAAACCUCUGCACAAAACUAGCGUUCUUCCCAGAGAUCAGUGGAACGAUGAACAGCAAAUUGAAGAUUAAUAUGUUGGAUACAGCUAUUACCGAGCUUCCAGAAUCCAUUGAAAAACUUACUGGACUUACCUAUCUUGACAUGACAGAUUGCAAGGAACUUCAACAUGUACCAGGUAGUUUAUUUAUGUUGCCAAAUUUUGUCACAUUAAAAAUUGGAGGGUGUCGUCGGCUUCGAGAGUCAAUUACAAGGUUCAAAGGAAGUGAUUCAGUUCGCCCAAAACUUGAGACAUUACAUUUCGAUAAUGCUUAUCUAUCUGAGAAAGAUGUUCGUACGAUUAUUUACCAUUUUCCUAACUUGAAAGACUUAAAUAUAUCGGGCAACCCAGUUGUGUAUCUCCCAGCAUGCAUUAAAGAAUCUACUAACUUGACAAGUCUUCACCUGAGGUAUUGUGAUGUGCUUCAAGAAAUUCCAGCACUGCCGUCAAGUGUUCAGAAAGUAGAUGCAAAAUACUGCCAUUCCUUAAGUUCGAAGUCAUUAAACAUCUUGUGGAAUCAGGUCCGUAAAGAAACGAAAAGAUUAGAAGUGGUGAUGCCAAAAAGGGAGAUUCCAGAAUGGUUUGACCAUGUUAAUAAGGGAGGGUUUCCAGAAUUCACUGCUCGUAGAAAGUUCCCAGCUCUUGCUCUAGCUUUAGUGUUCGGUGAAGUGGAUGCCAUAGCCGACAGAGAAAUAAUGGAAGGUCGCUGGAGAACUGUUGGAAUGCAUUUAUUCAUUCAAGGUAAACGCAGACGGUACCAUAAUUUCAGCGUGGCCGAGAAUCAUGUGUUGCUGUGUGACCUGCGAGUUUUGUUCAGUUUGGAGAAAUGGGAGGAUGUAGGAUUUGGAGUUGAUGAGGAUUGGAAGACCUUACGAGUUUCCUGUGAAACAAAUUUGAGUCUAUGUUCAUGGGGAGUGUAUGUCUACAAAACUGAGACUAACAUGGAUGAUAUCAACUUCAAUAGUCAACAUCCAAGUUCCUCUUUGGUGUGGAGUGAUGACGAGCUGAUCAGUGAUAUGGAUAAAAUAGUAAGCAAGACAAGAAGUUUGAAUCUACCAGAAAUGCAUAGGGAGUAUCGUAUGUGGAGCACUGGAUCUCGAAAACGCGCCUAUUUUAAAGGUGAAAGUAGCCAAGGUUUGGAAAAAGCAUCGAGAAGGGUCAUGGCCUUAAGAAGGGUGGAAGGAAAAUCGGGAAUGAACAUUGAGGAUGAGAAGGACAAAGAUUUGGAUGCAAUGUUGGUUGUGCUGGGAACUGCAGAACUUGAUAAACAUUUUCAUUAUCCUAACAGUCACACUGCCGAAUCCUUUACUUCAAAAUAUUGCUGUAUACUUUGAGGAAACUUUGAGGAAGUAGAGAAAGUUAAGAAAUAGUGCUAGAUACCCUGUUCUGUAGUACAACUUAUUCCUUGAUCAAAAUGCAUUUAUCAAACUCAAGAUUAGAAUGCUGAUUGUUCUGAACACUCAUUUGAUUGCGGCAACAAUAUCUGUGAAGUAACUUAAUGUUGCUUGAAUGGAUUAAAGAAUAUUUUUACUUGACAACUCAUGAUGUGAAU